UAAACAAACAGCAGCAGCGUGUUUAAACGCUAGCCUGGCCCUGUGAAGGCUCCUCUGCAGUCCUAGCUCCGCUUUUUCUGCUUUAAUGAAACUACAUGAACAUGAGUUCGUCUGAGAGUCUGAGAGCGUUUAUCAGAGAGAGGCUGGCUGCUGCAGCGGAGGACAUUUUUGUAGUUUUUAGGAGAACUAUGGCGGAGUAUGAGGAGGAGAUCGACCGUCAGAGCAGACUGCUGGAUAUCGCCUGGAAACCUCACAUCUACCUGCAGAGAACAGAUGUUCCUCAACAAGCCGUGGUUAAAGAGGAGGAGCAGCUCUGUGACCAGGACCAGAACUCCAGUCUGGACCGGGACGAUCCAGGACCUCCACCCUUUAAAGAGGAACAGGAGGAACUCUGCAGCCACUCAGAUGUUCCUCAACAAGCCGUGGUUAAAGAGGAGGAGCAGCUCUGCGACCAGGACCAGAACUCCAGUCUGGACCGGGACGAUCCAGGACCUCCACCCUUUAAAGAGGAACAGGAGGAACUCUGCAGCCACUCAGAUGUUCCUCAUCAACUCGUGUGUAAGGAGGAGGAGGAGCCCUGUGACACCGAGAGGAACUCCAGCCUGUACCAGGAGGAUCCAGAACCUCCUUCCUUUAAAGAGGAACAGGAGGAGAUGGAGCAGCCGGUACUGAAGCUGGAGAGGGACAUGUUCAUGUGGACUCAUGAGGAGAGAGACCACAGUGAAGAAGAACCAGAGGAUGACCAUCAACUCCUUCAUCACAACUCUCAUGAUACUGAGAAUCAAGAUCCUGAAGAAGGGGAGCAUGGAGACCCAGUACCGAUGAGAGAACCAGAACUAACAACAACAUCAGAACUGAUGAGAGAACAAGAACCAACGAGAACAUCAGAACCAGGACCCGUGAGAACAGCAGAACCAGAACCCGUGAGAACAUCAGAACUGAUGAGAAAACAAGAACCAACAAGAACAUACGAACCAACAAGAGAACCAGAGCCUGCAAGAGGAGUAGGACCAAUGAGAACAUCAGAGCCAAUGAGAGAACCAGAACCAAUGCCAACAUUAGAACCAAUAAGAAAACCGGAACCAAUAAAUGAACCAGAACACACACGAAAAUCAGAACGAACGAGGAAAUCACAGUCAACGAGGAAACUAGAACCAAGGAGGAAGUCAGAACCAACAAGGAAACUGGAGCAAGCAAGGACACCAGAACCAGCGUUGAAACGAGAACCAAUGAAGAAGUCAGAACCAAUGAGGAAACCAGAACAAACGGGGAAACCAGAACUAAAGAGGAAACCAGAACUGACAAGGAAGCCAGACCCAACAAGGACACCAGAACCAACAAGGACACCAGAACAAACGUUGAAACGAGAACCAAUGAAGAAGUCAGAACCAAUGAGGAAACCACAACAAACAGGGAAACCAAAACUAAAGAGGAAACCAGAACUAAAGAGGAAACCAGAACCAACAAGGUCACCAGAACCAAAGCGAAAAAGAAAAGGUAGGAGAGGAAGAAAUGACCAAAAUGAGACAGCCGAGACGGACUGUAGUCCUCCACAAGGUCAGGAGUCUCUCCGGUGCGACACCUGUGGUGAAGGUUUUGAGAAUACGUCAGAACUAGAGACACAUCAGCGAGUCCACGAAGGAAAGAAGGCGCACACCUGUAAGAGCUGUGGGAAAUCAUUCAGGUACAAGUCAAAGCUGAAGGUGCAUGCAAGAACCCACACAGGAGAGAAACCGUACUCCUGUCAAACAUGUGGGAAAGACUUCACCUGUAAGGAGUCUUUGAAAACCCACGCCAGGAUCCACACAGGUGAGAAGCCGUUUACCUGUGCUACCUGUGGGAAAAAGUUCAGGUUUAAGCAGGUACUAAGAGUCCACACAAGGACCCACACGGGUGAGAAACCGUUCUCCUGCAGCAUCUGUGGGCGGGGCUUCUGCCACAGGGAGAAUCUGAACAAUCACACUCUGGUCCACACAGGUGAGAGGCCCUUUCCCUGCCAGUCAUGUGACAAGUCUUUCAGACUCAAAGGUGACUUGAAGAUUCACAUGCUGACCCACACAGGUGAGAGACCGUACCGCUGCUGCCUCUGUGGGAAGAGCUUCUCUCGUAUUACACACUUGAAUAGGCACCUCCAUAUCCAUACAGGUGAGAAGCUAUUCACCUGUCAACAUGCGGCGGGUCUUUCCGAGUUAAGGGCGACUUGACAACUCACGUGAGAAGAGCUCACACAGGUGAGCGGCCACACCUGUGCAGGAUGUGCAGGAGAAGAAUCUUUAAACAACCACGAGUACGCAGAGAUUGAUGAGAGAGGGAUCUGCUGCCCAUCAGAUCAGCUGAUCUUCAUCCUCUUCUUUUUGUUUAUUUAUUAGAUUUAACAGCCGGUAAGGCUGAGCAAUUAUUUAAGCUUGAAUUUCAGUCACUAUUUUGGCUUUCCAUAAUGAUAGAGACAGGGUAAACAUGGUUGAACCAUUACUGCAGGUCCUGUUUUGGUUUUGUCAUGUUGUAAAUGUUUAUUCUAUAAUUUAAUCUUUUUUAUUUGUUUGUUAAAUUAAUGCUGCAGACUUGAUCUAAUCACAGUCACGAUGUCAGGCUGUGCUUUUGUAAAGUUAUUUAGACCUUAAUCCUGUAAAGGUUUUCUAAAAUAUCUGCAGAAAAGAUGUUCAGCUUACAGCAGUGCCACUACUGACGGACCUGUCCUCAUAAAAUGAGUUUUUUCAUUAAAGUUAUUUUGAAAGCAGAUCUGUAACUGCAGGUUUUGUAUCUUUUAUUCUACAUAAUAAUGUGUGUUUAGAGUUGAGAAUUAUGGGAUAUCUUUCUGUUGUCUGAUA